UAUAAGUUUUUACUUUUCCAUCCUUUAGUUCGCCUACUGGGCUGUGGGUUUGCAUAAGCUGCAACGCUUGUACUCAGACCUUAUGAUUUUAUUAUAAUAUCAUAUCCUAUAAAAACAAACAAAUAAAUUAGCAUCAUUAUUAAUAAUAAUCAAAUAGUAAAAGUCACACACAAAAACACACAAAAAACGUAAUUAUAAAAUUCUUUUCCAUUGUACAAAAUAAUAUCCGAUCAUACGUAAUAGCCUAUAUAAAAAAUAACAUGUUUUAUAGCAAAUAGACUUUGUAAAAGGGACUAGAGCCGUCAGAUGGGAAGUUAACGAUGGAGAACGACUUUGCGGCUGCUUCGCUUUUAUAACUGCUUUUGAUGUAAAUGUUCGUUCUGGUGAUAUCGCCAGAAAGAACAGCCGCCACGCCUUAAACACCUCUAAGGUACUUCCUUGGCCUCGUAAUUGGACGUCUGGGAAUAAGAAGAGAAGUUUCUAGGGCGACCAAAGAGUCAGGAGGCUCUGUUGCCAGUCACCUGCAGCCAGAUUGUUGAUCGGAUGUAUUUGGUGCCCAUUCAGGUAGAGGUUGAUGUAGUGAAAUAUGGAUUGCCCACAUAUUAAAUUUAACUAUUAAUAUUUAUUAACGUAUUUUUAUAUGAUCGAACCAUGCCUCAGCCUUCGACAGAUGAUAAAAUUCCGGUUUUUAACAACUUCAUGGAGCCCCCGGUGGACACGAAGAACGGCCAGUACUUUCGGGAUGGAAAGAGGAAAGUGGAUUAUGUUUUAGCUUAUAACUACCGAAAACAGUCGCCAGAAAGCAGAACUGCUGGGAUCCAGAGCUUGGCCAUCAUAUCUAACGACAGAUUUCAAGUUCCUGUUGGUGGGAAGGAGAGCUGGGGACGAAAUGGGGAUCAGGAGGUGAGAGUGGAAGUAGAGGCUGUCGACUCGGCAGAAGCGGAGAAGAGAAUGCUGAGAGAGGAAUUUGAGACCAACCUCAUUAAGGCUGGUCUCGAAAUCGAACGGGACAGAGAAAACAAGGCACAUGGCCUGGCUUUCAUAAGGCUGCACGCUCCCUGGCCUGUUCUGAGCCGUGAGGCAGAGUUCCUGAAGAUCAAAGUUCCCACCAAGAAGAGCUACGAGAGGAAGAAGGAGACAGGAAUGUCACACAGCUUGAGCGUUUUAUGGCGUAAACUCAACCAGCCCUUUCAGCCCAGAGUACCGGACUUGAUGGGCCAAGGCCGGACCAAGUUCCUGUCCCACUGCUUUUCCAGGGAUAAGCUGCACCUGUACGACAUCAAGCACAAGGAUACGUUCUUUGACAACGCAACCCGCAGUCGGAUAGUGUAUGAGAUAGUGAGGCGUACUUCCUGUUCCCAAGCCUACCAAACCAUGGGUGUCUCCACUUUAAUCGCCAAAGGUGUUUAUGACUCCGCCUUCCCACUGCAUGAUGGUACCUUCGAGAGUCCUCAGGAGAUAGAGAAGAGGAAUGACAGACAGCUCCUGCAUGACGAAUGGGCCAGAUACGGGGUGUUUUAUAAGUACCAACCUAUAGAUCUAAUCAGGAGGUACUUUGGGGAGAAGAUUGGCCUGUACUUUGCCUGGCUUGGUAUUUACACCCAGCUGCUGAUCCCGGCCUCCGUGGUGGGGAUCAUCGUGUUUUUCUACGGAUGUGCGACGCUGGACUCUAAUGUGCCCAGUAUAGAGUUGUGUGACGAGCGGCAGAACUUCACCAUGUGCCCCCUGUGUGACAACGUGUGCGACUUCUGGCAGCUGAGCUCGGCCUGCAGCACUGCCAGGGCUAGCCACCUGUUCGACAACCCCGGCACCGUCUUCUUCGCCAUCUUCAUGUCACUCUGGGCUGCUAUGUUUUUGGAGCUGUGGAAGCGAAGGCAGAUGUGUCUUUCUUACCGGUGGGACCUGGUCGGCCUGGAGGAGGAAGAGGAACAUUCAAGACCGAAGUAUGAGAACAUUAUACUGAAGAAGACAAUGAAGAAGAGGAAAAAGAGAAAGAGGAACAGGAAUGAGCCAGAGAGAGGGGCUGAGGAUGUUACAGAUGUGGGCCAGUGGAGGCGUGUUCUGAGUGCCCUGGGUGGAGCAGCCCAGACAGGAGAGGAGAAACUAAGGUGGACUGACUGGAUGCCUGGGUACAUUUUCAACAUGGCCUCCAUCUUAUUUAUGUUUGGGCUGACGUUCUCUGUCGUGUUCGGAGUGAUCAUCUAUCGAAUCACCAUCUCAGCCCUGAUGGCCAUGAACCCUGAAGCUGAGACAAGGUCCAAUGUUCGUGUGGUAGUCACCUCUACAGCAGUCAUCAUCAACCUGGUGGUCAUUCUUAUCCUGGAUGAGAUCUAUGGAGCUGCAGCCAUCUGGCUCACAGAGCUAGAGAUCCCUAAAACUGAAGGAGAGUUCGAAGAACGCAUGAUUUUGAAAGCUUUUCUUCUAAAGUUUAUGAACGCUUAUGCUCCGAUUUUCUAUGUGGCAUUUUUCAAAGGAAGGUUUGCGGGCCGGCCUGGAGACUAUGUGUAUGUUUUCCAUGGCCAUCGAAUGGAAGAGUGUGCUCCGGGGGGGUGCCUCAUCGAGCUCUGCAUCCAGCUCAGUAUCAUCAUGCUGGGAAAGCAGCUCAUCCAGAACAACGUCUUCGAGAUCGGCAUCCCGAAGCUGAAGAAGCUGUACCGGAUGCUGAAGGGGAACGCCCCCGCUCCCGAGCAGAGGGAGGACCAGCUUACCAGGACACCCCAGCAGUGGGAGCUGGACUACAACCUGGAGCCCUUCAACAGCCUGACCCCUGAGUACAUGGAGAUGAUCAUCCAGUUUGGUUUCGUCUCUCUCUUCGUGGCCUCCUUCCCCCUCGCCCCCCUUUUGGCUCUGCUCAACAACAUAAUCGAGAUCCGCCUGGAUGCCAAGAAGUUCAUCACGGAGUUACGUCGGCCCGACGCCAUGAGAGCUAAGGAUAUAGGUAUCUGGUAUAACAUUAUCAGUGGCAUUGGCAAGUUCUCCGUCAUUAUCAAUGCGUUUGUCAUCUCCUUCACGUCAGACUUCAUCCCACGCCUCGUCUACCAGUACAUGUACAGUGAUACUGGCACCUUGCAUGGCUUCAUCAACCACACCCUGUCCUACUUUAAUGUCAGCGACCUCAAGCCUGGGACGGCUCCCAGUUCUUCCCAGCAAAACAUCAUGAUAUGCAGGUACAAGGACUACAGGGAGCCACCCUGGUCCCCCGAAGCCUACCAGCUAUCCAAACACUACUGGACCAUCCUGGCCAUCCGGCUUGCCUUUGUCAUCUUCUUCCAGAACCUAGUGAUGUUCCUGAGCGUGCUGGUCGACUGGCUCAUCCUUGAUGUGCCCAAGGAUAUCAGCGAGCAACUCAGGAAGGAGAAGUCCCUGAUGGUGGAUGUCUUCAUGCAAGAAGAGAAAGAAAAGCUGAAGCUCAUCCACAGUCUAUUUCUCAAAGGAGCUGGGACCAAAAGCCAGUGCGAGGCCUUGCAAGUUCACCAGCGCCCCGUGCGGACAGGGAAGCCCCAGAAACGAGGUCGUGCAGCCAGUUUCAGCCAGUUCUGCAGAGAGCCGUCCCCCAUUGACAAAGCGUCACACCCAGAGGUUUGAGGGUCAGCAGCCAUGAAAUGGAGGACACUGCAGUUCUGUGGAUGCACAAUCUACCGUGGUCGACAUGAGUGGGUGUGUCCAUGGUGUUAGGCUGCCAUGUCAGCACAAGACCUUCACUGGGCCAAAACUGGCACGAAGUCAAUCAUCUGUCUCUUCAUCUUCAUUUUUUGCCUGAAAUCAUUUAAAGUCAGAGCUGGGUUUCAGUCUGUGAUGCUUGUACCGUUUCUAAAUAUUUUUUGGGGAAACGGUGCAGAAGCGGAAGGACAUUUUGGCAAUGGAGGAACGGGGGGCGAUGUUUUUAAGCGCAAGAUUGCUUAACUCUGAAUUUGUAUUCUAGAGUGGUACCACAAACCAGAUACCUUGGAUGGAAAGAGGAGAAUCAAAAUGUAUUUUUGCCUCAUUCACUGACUGUCACAGCACUUCUACCAAGUUCUAUGCAGGUAACUGACAAAAAAAUUAGAUUUUAAGAGAAACCAAAACAUAAGCGUCAUAAUCAAAUAUUAUCAUGCAGAGCUUUUCAUAUAUGGAUUCUGCCACUUCAUGUGGACUCUUGUUUGAAAGCAAAUUGCAUGUGCUGACCUAAUUCAAGGAAAUUACUUAAGCACAGUCUUUUAUAAAUACUUAAAACGGUUACUUUUUCAUAGUACAAAUGUUGACAUUUGAACUCUUGGAAAGUCUGUACCACUGUGUUCAAGACCAUGGAAACAUGCAUGACCUGUGUUAAGGACCGGAAAAUGGAUGUGUUCAGGAAGACCCUUCAGUACUGAGAAGUCCAACAAAUCUAUAAUUAAAAUGAUUGCGUUUUAACCAUAGACUAUAAACUACUAUUAAGGAAUUAAUCAUUAAGCAUUACGUAUGAAGCUAUAUUAUUUCAGAAUGACUCCAGUGACCGCAAUGCUACUGUUAAGUGUGCCAGUAUGCUACAUUCACAGCAUAUCUAAUAUACAAACAUGCUAGCAUUAGCAUGUUUAUGUUAUAAGCUGUCUUGUGAGGGUGUUUCCAGAAAUGAGCAAAUGCUGUGAUAGCUCUUGAAGAGCUAUAUAGAAUUAUAUAGUAAAAAUAUAUAGAAUUUCAAUAUUUUUAAAGGAACUAAAAAUGCCAAAGUUUUUGAAUUUGGUUGAGGUGAGGAAAUAUGUAUGUGGAAAUCAGGAUAAGUCGAUGUUGUUCGUGGCUGUGUGUGUGUAAUAGGUGUGCCUGUGUGUUGUGAUUUCCACUGGCACAGUAGGGUAGGAAGUGCGAAGGGCCGGCUGGUAUGAUUCCGGUGUGAAUAAUAUGAAUAAUGGGUUUCUGGGUAUAGCUGUUUAUUCCAGGGAGCAACACAAGGCCCAAAACUCUCAGGCUUAAACCUCAGCUUAGUUCUGGUUUAACUUGUAAUCUGAAUUUGUGCCUUGCCAGAUAAUGUGCAAAGCUGUUUCAUGUUUGUUCUUUAUAGAGCUGCAUCUGCAAUGUGUCUUAAAAGCAGGUUUGAGACAAUGUCAUUAUGCUGCUUGAACCAAGUGUGAUAUAUAUUUAUAUAGACAUAGAUUUACAGACAUGUGCAGAGACAUGCGGCCACACGUCUGUCUCUCUGCCUCCAUGGCAUGCAGACCUGCAGUACUGGAGACACCCGUUUCUCCCCGUCUCCAGCAAACAAAUAUGCAGUUAAUAAUGGUGCACUUUCCCCUUUCGGUGACAUUGAUGGUCUUAGGCCAGGAAUCAAAACAUAUAUUGUUGAGACACGCACAUUACUCACUAGGAGAAGCUCUCUGGGAAUGAGUUUUGAGGAGUUAAUGGGCGGACGAUGAGCCUGCCUCUGCUGGGCCCAUGACAUCGCUAGAGUGGCGGGUGAGUCCAUUGGCCUGUCUGGAAGGAAUAUACCGGAGUUUCAGACAUGGAAGUUUAGCGGAACUUACAACAAAUACGAGAUGACAUUCCAAGACAUCCAAAAAGGUUUAGGUUAUUUUAUUUAAUUGUUAUACUUUUAAUCAGUUUCCUUGUCUUUCUUUGCAAACAAAAAAUAAUAAUCCGACGUACCAUAUCUGGUGGUAAGUCCCAGCUGGGAGUUGAGGAGAUAAAGGAAAAAUUACAGUAUGCUUCAUUUGCAAAAGUACAUUGGAAUGAAUCUUUUCACGUAGCCCACCUCGCUCUCUUUUCAGACAUACAUACACAUAUAUACUGGUAAGAGCAAAGCAUGGGGUCUGAGUGGAGGGUCCAGCCAUUUAUUUCACACCUCUGGAGCAUCUCUUGGGGUUAGGGGUCCUGUUCAAGGGUCCAAUGGAUAUGUGAUCCCCCCCCCCCCCGUUUAACAGUAUUCCAUUUUCUGUUUGGGACAGUAAAUGUGUAAGAGCUCAAGAGGAUAAACUUAACAAACAAAGGAAAAUGGAAUACUGUUAAACAGUAAAUACAAAGGUCAAUCCAUGGAUGUACGGAACUCUGAGAUACAAAUACUCGAAGUGCAAUUUAAGAGGAAGACAAAGUGUGCAAAGUGGUUACACUGCAGUCCAUUCGACUGCUGAUGCUGCCGUCCCUGAAACUGUGCUUUCUGGUGGACAGCUGUACUGCAGUCAUUCAUUUGACGAGGAUGUUGUAUAUCAGGUUGCUGCUAAACAAACUAAGCUAAUGGAGGAAUACCGCUAUUUGUUCCAGUUUUAAACAUGGCAGGAAUUAGUGGAUGUCUGGAAGAUACCAAAACAGGACAAAAAUGGCAAAUAUCUAAACUUGUGGGCAUUGUGUAUGUAUAAACAGAUUAUGAAAUGCUAUUGUAUGCUCCACAGCUUGGGAAAAAUGAAUUCAUUAUUGCAGUUUUUAUUAGUUUUUAACUUAAUGAUUUAUUGUCUCAGGGUGUAUUGCCUGUUGUGCAAUGAUCCCCAUAUUUGAAACAUUGUGAUAAUCUUACAAUAAUAUCAAUUAUAUACUAAAUCUAUAAUGUUAUUAGUUAUCUGAUUGAUUUCAAUUGUGAUUUGUGGGAACUGGACACAGAAUAUUUACGCCUGUUCAUGGGACUUCGGAUUAAAUGAAGUGUCCUUGACAUCCCAUGGAGACUUCCGGAAGUGCGUUGUGGUUUGUGCACGUGAUGAUUGUGAUUUAUCAGUGUAGGUGAAAAUGUAAUACUGUGGCCUCACCCUGUGGGCUUAUAGGCCUGACCCCUGACCAUGGUUCUGUUUGUGUAGAUCUUGCAUGUUCACUUGGGGUCACGGAAUACAGCAAAUGGUUCAAGAAGCGUAAUUUUGUCCAUGACUACUUACUGGUAUUUCUAAAUUUCACAUGAAUGUAUGUGUGAAUGUGCCCUACGAUCAGGGCCGGGCUGAAUCUCGGGGGACCCAGGGGCAAUUUUUAACCCCAGUCGUGCACUGCCUGCAAUGGCCUGGCAUCCGGUCCUGGGUAUAUCCCUGCCCUGUGCUCUGUGCUGCCUGGGACAGGCUCUGCCUGGGUUCCUGUGGUUGGAAAAUGGAUGGAGGGAUGGACGGAUCUAAUGGCAUUUGGAUGUUGAAACUAUGCAACACCACUCAUUUUAAUAUUAUUUCUGUAUCACAGUUAUUACUGCAUAACCUCAGCCUGGAUUCCAA